UCAGGUAGUAAAAAAAAAGUUGAAGCCCCCAGUGAGACGCAGCCGAAGCCGAGUAUUAGAAAACGGCCAAGGCUAUGCUGCCCCGAAAACGUUUGCCCCCAUUGCCCUGUGAAAGAGCCUGAGAGAACCUAAGAGAAGAAGGGGAAAAAUUCAACACUGAUAACAGAAGAAAGGUGUGCUUUUGAAGGUCAAAGUUCCUGUCAGCCUGAGCAAUGGUGAACCUGCAAUAAUUGCAAACGUACAAGAAAGGCCACAACACAGACUGCGUGUUGUGAUAGUCUAGCGACUGAGGGCGCCUACAGUUCUUAUUCUAUGACGUCACAUGCAAAUUAAAUUUUUGCAUUGACACAACCGGACCUUAACUUUAACCCAAGUCAAACUUUUGACGCGGAUUGCCUUCGUUUUUGAGCAAAAUUCGCAUACAUGCUUUCUGAAUUUUGCCUUAUAGUUUCACCGACUCCAGGAUGAGUACGGAAUCUUUGCAGACCAACAGGCAGGUGGAUCUGGACCAGCUUACGAACGACUUCACCAAGUGGCAGGGGAAGUAUCGGGAUCUAGGUCUUCAAAACAUUUCCCUGCAGCAGGAAUUAAACCAUCUCAUUGAUGAGAGAGAACAGGGAAGGAAAGCAGCAAGAACUACUGAGGAGGAAUUAACACAGUAUCGCAGCAUCAUUACCAGCCUGCAAGACACUUUGGCAAAGCGGUGUGACUUGGAAGAUGAAAACAGGUCUUUGCGGGAAGUAGUUGCCAACAUGGAAGAGACGAUUACAAAACUGAAGGAGGAAGGCCAGGGGGCACUCUUGGAUGUGCAAGCACACCUAGAGCAAGUCCAUGCCACAGACAAGGCUGAGAUGGAAGACAGUCAUCAUCAACAAGUCAGAGAGAUGGAGGAGAAAGCUAGGGCCCUCCAGCAGGCGGUGCACGACAAGUCAGCUGAGAUCAAGCAGCUUCAACAACAACUGGUUGAGGCACAGAAGGACCGACAGAUGGAGAUUGUCAAACUCAGGCAGGAGUAUGAUGCCAAACUUGUGAAGUUACAGAGUGCCAGGACCCAACGCAGCGAUAAGCCCAACUCGGCCAGUAGCCACAUCUUGAGAGAGAAGAUGCUGAAUGCCCAGGCAGCGUCUGAGAGGGAGGUGGCCUCGCUCAGGCAGACCGUCAGCGAACUGAAGAGGAAACUGAGUAACCAACAGCAGCCCUCCGGCGCUAAGCGCAAACGCUGAGAGCAAGCCACACAUAGGGUCGAUUCCACGAGGCUGCUUGGCAAAUGCAUACCUUGCUUAGCAUUUCUGCUCAGCAGGUUAACGUUAGUAAUUUAGCUGGGAACGACAGCAGUUAUGAGGCCAAACCGUUAUAAAGUUUCUGCAGUGUCCCCUCUCCAGCAGAGUUUUACAACGCAGGAGUGCUUUGUGAGGGGCAAGUUAUUUUAGGCCACAUAGUAAACCCCCCUUUCAACAAAAAGUGUUAUCGUUUUCUCUAUCCAAGUGACAACUCCACUGUUUUAACAGUAACAUGAGGAUAGGGUGUACAUGCAAGUGUUGAAUAGCAAUAAACUAUGAUUGAAGUGUUCAUGAAACUAGUUCAUGAAACGAAUCUAGUCCUUGUAGUGGAACUGCUGUUGGCACUGAAUGGUGUUAAUAAGAACGGAAUUCUGUGGUUAGUAAGGCCGUAAAUAUUGUGCAUUAUUGAAUAGUGUUGUACUAGUUGGUAACUCUUGAUUGGAAAACCUCAAGUCCUGAAGUUAGGAAGAUCUUCAAAACAGAAAAUAUUACCUCCCAACAAGUUUCUUCAACAAUUUCUUGCAAAAGAGUUUAAAACUUAUCUACCAAAAAGCUAAGUUGCGAUUGCGGGUUUGCUAUUUUGAGCCCUUUGAGUACUUGACAAGAUUUGAAAUAAAGAAUUCCAUGGCAAGGGGCACUGUGUUUGUUCAAGAUAAAGAAGAUAUGGUUUAACAACUACCAGAAUGUGUCUGUGUUGUUCAGUUGCCUACCCCUGUGUUUCUGUCUACACAUGACCAUCGAUCUCGGGGAUAAUGUAACAUCAGCUUUCGAAUUUCAACUUCUUUCCGUUAGAUAUCACUGAUUUUAAUGAAGUUAUUGAAAACCAUGAAAUAAAAGAAAACAGACAUUUCCUUUUCAAGCAAUUACAAUAUACUGGCAUUCACAAUUAAAUACGUUGCUUCGUGAUAUUACGGACCAGACUUUUUACAGAAAAUCAAAGUUCAAAAUCGUGUUAAGACAAGACCAGUUCAUACUUCAGGCAACACACACAUAAUCAGACACCAUGAAACAACCGCAGCAAAUUUGGUUACUAUAGUCGACGCGUUCCACUUUUGCAAAUUCCCAGCAUGACUACUAGCUGUACCUGUACGAAUCCACCUUUAAAAUAGCAAACAUUGAUCAGCAAUCAAUUAGAAUCUAUACAAAUUUCCCUCAUAAGAAUGUGCGAAAAAGUAAAGAGAGAAUCAAUUUUAAUUUCAGUGAUGCAAAAGGUGAACAGACUUUAGAAAUGAACUUCUGGGAUAAAAUAUACGCACGACACCCAACUUUGACCAGACACGGCCCUGAGUAAUAUACGGUAGCAUUGGAAGUAACUUGCCUUUUACGAUGACAGAUCAAGGCGACUGUCUUCCAAACAGGUCGGUGUCCUAUGUGUGAACACAACUACCAUAUACAUGUACUAUACUCUGGAUCUGACUUGACAGAAGACCUAGAGAUAUCAGCUUAAUUUGUGUGUAGUUAAAAGCACCUUGAAACAUUUUUAAUUCAUUGUCAAGAUGUCCAAUGGAAACUGCAAAGGUUCACGUAUUUGACAAAUAUUAGGUUGAGCUAAGAAACCGACUAGUAUGGAACUUGAACCCCCCCCAACAUGUCCAAUCCCUACACACA